CUUGUGAUUCUCCCCUCCCCACACGUCCACAACUCGAACCAUAGGCACCUAGGUAGUAUCUUGGACCUCCUGCUUCGCUGCAUCUAUUCUCGUCACAGCCCAGUCUUGGCAGUCAAUUUCAGGGGCUCUGGGUCUCAGGGACAAGAAGUCGUAAUGAGUAUGCGGUGUCUAUCAGCCAUGGCGUCGUUUCAGCGAAUCUGACCUUUCGCGAGGGGAGCAAGUACCACAUUCCCACAUGGCCUCGUGCUGUCGCCUCGCCCUCUCGAGAUGUGCCGGGCGUGGCAAAAAGGAAUUCCUGCCUGCGUUUCUUCUCCCCUUCCUCCUCCUAGCCGCUCCAGUUCCGUCGCAUUGUCUUGUCCCGCACACUCCGCAUUCUCCGCACUCUCCGCACUCUCCUCGCUCCUCUCCUGCCACCUUAUCGACUAGCUACGCACCCGAUGCUCGCCGCUCCCUCCUCACCACCUCCCUCCUCCCCUCCCGCGACUUUCACUCCGCUCUAAAUUCCGCGAUCGCGCCUGAAGCCACUAGGAUUGAUCCCGGGAUCCGUGCCGAAAUUCGCGCUGGCAAUGGCGGUAGUCGUCGUGAAAAUUCUGCUCUAGAGCCCUCCGCCACAGAUGCCGCAGGCCCACGCCGCCGGUUGCUGGGAAGGGGGAGGGGCGGAGGGGAAGGGGGAGGCCGCGGAGAUCGUCCCACGAAGCUAACUAUCUUCACAGCGCCACGGCCGUUCGAUGGACCAGCAGGCACCAUCCAACGGCUCGCAAUCAUCUCCUGGCUCUGCAUCGACCCCGCGCCUGUUAUCUACCUCCUAGGCAACCACCCGUCGUUUAAGGACGCCGAGACCGACCCGCUUUUUGCGGGCCACGUGUUAGCCGAUCCUUACGUGGACGCCGAUCUCUACGGUCAGCCGCUCUUUAACUCCAUGCUUGCUCGCGCCAUGGCGGCCCCCACGCGCUUCGUCGCUAUCGUCCGCCCGUCUACCCUCCUCUCUCCAGACAUCUUCACCGCCGCGAUUGCCGCUGAGGCGCGUUUCGGCAACUUCUUGCUGCUAGCGCCAGAGCGCGGGCGUCGGGGGGACGCGGAGGCGGCUUCCGCGGCGGCUGCGGCGGCGGUUGCGCAAGUGGGCGGAGGCGGAACGGCGCAGCAGCGCAUGGACGCGUCGAUAGCGGUGGACGCGGAGAAGCUGGGGGAGGCUGCGCGGCGCAUGGGGGAGAUUAGUUCGCGAUCUAAAGUAGGGGUAUGGCUUUGGAACGUGUCGCCCGCGCCGCUCUGUGCGUCUUCCGCAGCCCCCAACGGUACCCUUCUGGACGCCGCCGCCGCAUCCGCAUCCGCCGCUGAUGCGCCCGCGUGUUUUGUUCCGCCAUUCGCCUUCGACCGCGGGUUCCACGACGUGUGGCUCGCACGCGCAGCUCUCCGCGCAUCCCCCGCGGUCGCCGCCUCUUCCGCCAGUGGGGGCGCAGACGCGGGGAGCAGCGGGUCGGCAGGGCGGCAAUUGCUGGCGGAUGCGGACGGCAGGGCGUUCGCGUGCAUAGCAGCGCGAGCUAUAAUCUCCCCAGAUACUCUUUCUAGUGUUUCCGUCACCGCCGCUGAUUCCGAUCAAAUAGGGGGCGCGGGGGGCGGAAGCGGGAAGGGCGAUCGGGGGGAAGCGGGGUUUGAGGUUUUAGCGGAGGAGCUGCGCAAGUGGGGGGUUUCUGUGGCUGCCCAGACCCUAAUACCUUCCAUGAAGGCCCCUGCACGGGCAGAAAAGAAAAUUGUGAGGAGAACGUGGAGAGGAACAGUAGUGGAAGAAGCAGUGGCGCAGGAAGAGAGCCUAGAGGCGGCUGGCGCGCUGCUGCCCGCGCUGAGAAUUUGGAACUGCCCGUUUGGGCGCGGGCAGGGGGACUGCGAGGAGCAUCAGGAGGGGAGGCGGAGGAAUCCGCAUAAGCAGGUGGUGGUGAACUGGGAGCUGGUGAAGAGGUGGAGGGAGGGAGGGGGAGAGGGAGGAGGGGGGGGCGCUGGUGAUGGUGGUGGUGGUGGUGUUGUUGGUGGUGGCAGUUCGGGAGUGUGUGAGUCUGCAUGGUUGGUGGUGCCGUGCAAUGGAGGGCAAACAGACGGCACCAAAGUGUGCUUCUCCCCCUCCGCCUGCUGCCAGCAGGGCUCCACCACCUUCAGCUCUACCACCAACCCUAACAACCCCCCCUCCUCCUCCUCCUCCUCCUCCUCCUCCAUCUCCUCCUUCUCCUCCGUCCUCACUUCCGUCUUCUCCUCCUCCGCCUCGUCCUUCCCAUCAUCCUCUGCCCAAGCGCCCUCCCAGUGGGUGUGCAGCGUGGCGUCAACAGCAGCAGGGAGCGGGUUUGGGGGCUCCGGGGGUCUCUUGCACGUGCAUUCCUCGGGCUACCUCUCCCCAGACCAUGACUCCAGAACAGACCAGCACUUAAUCGACAGUAACACCUCCCUUGACACCAGCAGCAGCAGCAGUGGGGCGGAGCUACAGCGCAAGGGGCUGGACGACCUGCUCCCGCUUGCCGUGGACCACCGCAACAUCGUCAUCCUCGUGGCAGCCACCGGCUCCUACGCCUCCAUGCUCAUGUCCUUCGUCUGCAACCUACGCCGCCUGCUCCUCCCCCUCCCCCUCAUCGCUGCCUUCGACGACGACAUGUACCGCUUCGCCUCUCUCCAUGGCCUCCCGGUCUUCCGAGCUGACACCGGCCUGGCCGGCCGCGAUCCCUCCUGCGUGUACGGCACCCCGUGCUUCCAGCGAAUCACCAAGGUUAAGUCCAGGGCGGUGCUCCAGGUGCUGAAGCGUGGCGUGCACGUGCUCUGGUCGGACGUUGACAUAGUCUGGUUCCGGGACCCACUUCCGGAGUUUCUCGAGUUCGGGUCCGGGGUGCUUCCGGUGCAAAGUGACGCAGGGUACGAUAAAGAGCCGCCCAACGGACAGGGUCUGUCCUCCCCGCACGGGUUCAUCAACUCUGGAUUCUACUUCGCUCGAGCAGAACCGAUGGUCAUUCAGGCGUUCGAGGCGAUCGUUGCCCACGCCGCCACGACCCAGACGUCCGAGCAGCCGAGCUUCUACCACGUGUUGUGCGGACCCAAGGGGGAGCACACGCAGGGCGAGGACGAGUGCGAGUGGCCUGGGAACGGGCUCCGGAUCCACUUUAUGGACCGGUGGUUGCACCCCAAUGGGCUGUCGCACCGCGUGUGGUUCCGCCGGUGGCCUGCUCUGGAGUGCCGGAAGCACAGGUGCGCCACGCUGCACAAUAACUGGGUGCGGGGGAAGGAAAACAAGCUCGCUCGGCUGCGCAAGGGCGGGCUGUGGUUCUAUGACCCGGAUAAUGACAUGUGUAGAUACAACUGGUACUAUGAGACAGAAGGGAUGAAGCGUGAGGAAGGCACGUUCCUUGGAGUCAAAGACUGAUGGUUGGACAGUACAGUAGAUUGGCUGUGCUGCUGCUCAGUCAUUGCCUACGGUAGGUUCUGGUGUAUGGGGUUGUUAUUGUUAAAAGUGUUCUACAAUGCUAAUUGAUCCUUG